AUGGAAGAACACAGCUACAGCUGGGUCCACAUUCAGCUCCACACUACUGAGCAGAUGGUGUGUGACCCUCUGUGUUCGGACGCUGGCUGCUGGGGGCCGGGACCAGACCAGUGCCUGUCCUGUCGCUACUUUAGUAGGGGACGCAUCUGUGUGGACACCUGCAAUCUCUAUGAAGGACUGACAGGCUCUAGGUCCAGGCAGCCGUCGGGACCCUUCGUGGUCGAGAAGCGUGAGGCCAGUUUGGAGAGGGAGGUGCGUGAGUAUGACAACGGCUCGGUGUGUGUGGAGUGUGAUGCCCAGUGUGAGAGAGCAGAUGGUGACUCCCUGACCUGUCAUGGCCCGGGUCCGGAUCACUGUGUAAAGUGUCUCCACUUUAAAGAUGGUCCUAACUGUGUGGAUAAGUGUCCCGACGGCCUUCAGGGGGCCAACAGCUUCAUCUUUAAAUAUGCUGAGGCCAACAACGAGUGUCAUCCCUGUCACUCUAACUGCACUCAGGGGUGUAUUGGACCCAGACUGCAGGACUGUAUUGGCAUGAUGGACAGGACUCCCCUGAUUGCAGCCGGGGUUAUAGGUGGCCUCUUCGUGGUGGUUAUCGUGGCUCUGAGCGUAGCCGUGUCCUUCCGCAGGAAGAGCAUCAAGAAGAAGAGAGCCCUGCGACGCUUCCUCGAGACAGAGUUGGUGGAGCCACUAACACCUAGUGGUACAGCCCCUAACCAGGCCCAGCUCCGCAUCCUCAAAGAGACUGAACUCAAGAGGGUCAAGAUACUGGGCUCGGGAGCCUUCGGCACCGUCUACAAGGGUAUUUGGGUCCCGGAGGGCGAGACUGUGAAGAUCCCAGUGGCCAUCAAGAUCCUGAACGAGGCAACGGGACCGAAGGCCAACGUGGAGUUCAUGGACGAGGCUCUGAUCAUGGCCAGCAUGGAACACCCCCACCUGGUCCGUCUCCUGGGGGUCUGCCUGAGCCCCACCAUCCAGCUGGUCACACAGCUCAUGCCCCAUGGCUGCCUGCUCGAUUACAUCCACGAACACAAGGACAACAUCGGCUCCCAGCUGCUGCUCAACUGGUGUGUCCAGAUCGCCAAGGGUAUGAUGUACCUGGAGGAGAGGAGACUGGUGCACAGAGACCUAGCAGCCCGUAACGUGCUGGUCAAGUCCCCCAACCACAUCAAGAUCACUGACUUUGGUCUGGCUCGGCUGCUGGACAUCAAUGAGAAGGAGUACAACGCUGACGGGGGCAAGAUGCCAAUCAAGUGGAUGGCCUUGGAGUGUAUUCACUACAGGAAGUUUACCCACCAGAGUGACGUGUGGAGCUAUGGGGUGACCAUUUGGGAACUGAUGACGUUCGGGGGGAAGCCCUAUGAUGGCAUCCCGACCCGGGACAUCCCAGACCUGUUGGAGAAGGGAGAGCGUCUUCCCCAACCUCCCAUCUGCACCAUAGAUGUAUACAUGGUCAUGGUGAAAUGUUGGAUGAUAGACGCAGACAGCAGGCCCAAGUUCAAGGAGCUGGCUGCAGAGUUCUGUAGGAUGGCCCGGGACCCCCAGCGCUACCUGGUCAUCCAGGGUGAUGACCGUAUGAAGCUGCCCAGCCCCAACGACAGUACGUUCUUCCAGAGCCUGCUGGAUGAGGAGGAACUGGAGGAUCUGAUGGAUGCUGAGGAGUACCUGGUUCCUCAGGCUUUUAAUAUCCCACCGCUGGCGUACACACCCAGGACACACGUUGAUUCCAACAGGAACCAGUUUGUGUACCAAGACCCUAGUUUCGAUAUGGAGGACAUGUUGGGGACCAUCCCGCGGGUGCUGUCCCUGUCCCCAGGGGACCAGUCUGCAGGGGGGCAGGGCGGUAGCGGCCCGGAGCACCAACGCUUCGAGGACCAGCGCUGUAACGGCACACUGAGGAAGCAGGCAAUUCCCCGGCCCGCGGGACCUCCUGGUUCAGACGGAGCACCAGCCUCAGGUCCAGUGGAGAACAGCAGUGGACAGCGCUACAGUGCAGACCCAACCAUCAUGCUGGGGGAGAGAGGAGCUAGAGGAGACACCGACCAGGAUGGAUACCUGACCGCCAUGAGGGAGAAGGCCACCUCAGACUAUCUCAACCCUGUGGAGGAGAACCCAUUCGUGACCCGUCGGAGGAAUGGAGCUGCCCUAACCCUGGACAGCUGUAACCCCUAUCAGGUGGCACCCAGCGGCCCCCAACAGGCAGGCUCUGGCCCCAGAGUGGAGGACGAAUACGUCAACGAGCCCCUCUACCUCAACACCUUCCACAACCCCGGAGUGGGAGACUACAGUGACUACACCCUGAAGAAGAAUGGGUUCACUGGGGGACACAACCCUGCCCUCGCCACCCUGGUAAGCCAACCAGGCGUCAUUGGCCUCACUGCUGGUCAAUCAGGCACCGCCCAGGUAGGAAACCCUGGUCACAGCGUCCAGGCAGCCCACGCCCAUGGAGUCUCUGCACAACCAGGAUACUCUGUUCCUCCAGGCCUCGGUACAGCCGGCGCCCACCCAGGCCACCCCUCCCACCCAGCCCACCCCGGGUAUACCCUUCACCCCGGCCUCACAGGCACCAUCAUGUUGGACAAGAAGAAUAGACAAGACAAGAACAAGACUUUUGACAAUCCAGAGUACUGGCAGCAUAGCCUCCCUCCCAAGGCCACCCUGCACAACCCUGAGUACUUGCAGGAUUGCAGCACACGCUUCUUCUACCGGCAGAACGGACGCAUCCGGCCCGCCGUGGCCGAGAACCAGGAGUACCUGACAGAGUUCGCCCUGAAACCUGGGACCGUGCUGCCGCCCCCACCCUACAGACAGAGGAACACUGUGGUGUAACGGGGAGGAGGAUGAGGAGGAAAGAGGGUCUGGGCCAGGAAAGGUGGAAGACAAGGGGAGGAGGAGGGGAGGAUGGGAGUGGACAGUCCCUCUCUCACUCAGCCACACAAUAUUUACGUAUCAACCCUGGUUCCCUUCACCAGCACUGGACUGACACAUCUGAACUGACACUGGAUUACAGUAACAUUACAGUAAUAUUAUAUUUUAAAACAUAGUGCUGAGAGCCUCCCACCUCCUACGAACCCAGGACUGAUGUUCUCCUCUCUGUCUGUCUAUGUCCUCUACACUGGAUUACAGUAACAUUACACAGAAGUACAACAGUAAUAUUACAGUAAUAUACACUGAAAGUUUUCACAGAUUCACCUGUAACCGAAUAGCCGAGACCCGAUCUGGGACCCAAGCGGGGUCGGAUCCAGAAUUCUAAAUAAUGGGUCUGGGUCAGAUUUGAAAUGAUUGUCACGAGUCUCGUGUAUGUGUAAUUUCAACUAACUUGUCCGGAAGGACCGUAAAGAUCCAAACGUGACUGCUGCAGAAGAGAGGGAGCGAGAGAAAUUGAGUAAUUUAAGCUGCUACUCUUGCUUUUCACGAGAGUGGUGCGUGUUGCUUGUUGUUGUUGCUGGCCAAUCAUAGGUCAUCAAAGCGGCAGUAGGCUACAGUCAUAGAGUCUCCAUGUGGGGCAAAAGUUAGGAGAUAGCUAAUCAAUGGAAGAUGGAAUUAAAAUGACAGAAUUAAAAGUUCGAGAAGGAUAGGCUACAAUGACCGAGAGCCAAUAGGUAGGCUGCUACUUUAUAUUCUAAAAGGAGUCAUUGUUGUUUGUAACUGUGUAGGACGAGACCGCGCAUGCAGCCUCAAUUAGCCUAGCUAGCUAGCUAGCUUAAGUAGCUGCUCUUGGUUGGAUGCACUCAAGGCAGGUACUACGUAAUCAUAUUCAAUGAUAAAUAACCUAGCUUUGGCAGCUAUUAGUCUACUAUAGUGCGAGUUGGCUUGGUUGGUUGCCAUCUUUCGUCUCUCCCUCCGUGCUCCCUGUGUCACUUGCUCACACUCACAGUAGCCUACACACACAGCAUGGCCCCUGCCAGAGCAUCACCUCUCUCUACAUUCUCUCCCUCGCGCUUUAUCAGCUCCGGUUAAUAAAGUAGCUUAAAAAUGUACUUUUCUGCUGCUUCCCUCACUCAGAUUGGAUCCGACCAGGUCUAUACGGAACGGAUCUAGUUGUCCUCAGGUCCAUUUGGAAUGGGUCUCUAUAUUGAGAAAAAUAUAUUUAUGCAUAUUGGGUCCGGGUGGGAAGGCCCAGGUCCAUUUCGGAAUGUGUCCAACUUUUUGGACACGUCAAGGCAUUUAAUAUAAACUGCUGAGAGCCUCCCCCCACCCAAUAACCCAGGACUGGUUUGAUAGCCUCACCGGUCACUCUCAGCCCCAUUCUUAACUCCUCCGAUACUGCACCAAUUACUCACCCUCAGCCCCGCCCCUUCAGUGUUGAUUACAACAACAACAACAGAAGGCUACGUGAAAAGUUACAUGUAAUGACAAACAGUAUCGGUCUCUGUAGGUGUAAACAGACAGGAUGAAGGCCAAGGAACAAGGAACUUGAAGCACUUACACUUACAGUAUAUUGUUUGCUCAUGAUCUCUAAUAUAUUAUUUUAUUAUUAAUAAGAUUUGUGUAAGAACCAUGCAGUGAUUCACAAUCAAUACACUACACUGAAAGUCUUGGAGCAGCACAUUUUUCCAACUGGGUUAAAUGCAUAUUGUAGCAAUCCACCAUCCACACAUACAGGAAUGUCAUGAUAGCCGUUGGUGUGCAGUAUAUCAGGUUCAUAUAGGAGAACACGUAUACAUCUGCGUAUACACUGCUGUUCCGUGACUGUCUCUCAAGCCCCAGCCACGCCAUACAUCUGUCACAUAAUGUGGAGGAUGCAUUCCUGUCCGCUGACUGGCUGGCUGGCUCUGUGUGGCAUCUUUGAUGUUGACAUGGUUCGAACCCCUCUGAAUAUGUAAUAGAAUUCGUACAUUUAUUAUACAGCUCCGCUCAUAUCAGCUAUAACAUGUUAAUUUGUAUCUCGCGAAGUAGGAAGAUGUGCUCCCAACCUUGACACAUCAAUAACCCUAUUCUAAUUCUAUAUACUUACAUGCACGAUAUAGACAUACAUGCAAGCAUGCACACAAAAACACACAUAUACACAUACACAGAGAAAGAGAUAACAUUAGCGCCGUGUGCAGUACGUUUCUGGACCAGGAGCUCCAUUGCCCUUGGGUUCUAAAGCAGUGGAGAUAACAGAAGCAAAGUCAGUGCAGCGCGAUGAGAAGACAAAGCCAUUCAGCAAGUAAAUGCCACAAUGUUAUAUGUAUGCAAAGCCUGAAGGGCCUAUGCUGAACACAGUGAAAUACAGCAAGCAGAAAGUGCCACAGGAUUUAAGAGAGAAUAGGCUUAUCUGUAAGGAGAGGAUCGCCACCACCCAGCCAUGGUGUUCCUUCUAACCCACAUGACUUCUGAGGCAGACAAAUGACAAACCCCUGAAUCGAUGCAGUCAUAGAAUAUAAAUAGGAUACUGCUAUAUGUUGCAAUAUCUGUUUUUUACUGACAAACCCUCGCAGUCUGUCUGUUUGCUUCCCUAUCAGAGCUGGUUACAAAGACCUCAGGAAAGGACUGAUAAGAUGGGGACUGCACUCUAAACUAGACAGACAGACACAGACAGACAGACAGACAGACAGACAGACAGACAGACAGACAGACA